AUGGCUUCGGCCGCUCCCAGUGGAAGCGCCCCAAACGGGAGCAAUCCUAUAUAUGACCACGAGAAGGUCGCUCAUUUCAUCGGCGCCAACACUCUCGCGGUCGCUACCCCCAGUCGAGUCACCGACUUUGUCAAGGCCCAAGGCGGCCACACCGUCAUCACCAAGGUCCUGAUCGCCAACAACGGUAUCGCCGCCGUCAAGGAGAUCCGCUCCAUCCGAAAAUGGUCCUACGAGACCUUCGGCUCGGACCGCCAGAUCGAGUUCACCGUCAUGGCAACACCGGAAGAUCUCCGCAUCAACGCCGAGUACAUUCGCAUGGCGGACCGCUUUGUCGAGGUCCCAGGAGGAACCAACAACAACAACUAUGCCAACGUCGACUACAUUGUAGACGUGGCAGAGCGCGCAGGCGUUCACGCUGUUUGGGCUGGAUGGGGCCACGCUUCCGAGAACCCUCGUCUCCCCGAAACUCUGGCCAAGUCCAAGAUCAUCUUUAUCGGUCCUCCCGGCUCCGCCAUGCGCUCCCUCGGUGACAAAAUCUCUUCCACCAUCGUCGCCCAACACGCCAAGGUCCCAUGUAUGCCCUGGUCCGGUACCGGCAUCUCCGACACUAUGCUCUCUCCCCAGGGCUUUGUCACCGUCCCCGAAAAGGCGUACAACGAUGCCUGCGUCUUUACGUGGGAGGAAGGACUCAAGAAGGCAGAGGAGAUUGGGUGGCCAAUCAUGAUCAAGGCGUCGGAAGGAGGUGGAGGAAAGGGUAUCCGAAAGGUCGAAGAAGCAGACAAGUUUAAAAACUGCUUCCAAGCGGUCGCUGGAGAAGUGCCAGGCUCACCGAUCUUCAUCAUGAAGCUCGCUGGCUCGGCGCGCCACCUCGAGGUCCAGCUCAUCGCCGACCAGUACGGAAACGCCAUCUCCCUCUUUGGUCGUGACUGCUCGGUCCAGCGGCGACACCAGAAAAUCAUCGAAGAGGCGCCCGUCACCAUCGCCCGUCCUGAAAAAUUCGAGGAAAUGGAAAAGGCGGCGGUCCGACUGGCCAAGCUGGUCGGCUACGUCUCGGCGGGAACGGUCGAAUACCUCUACUCGCACAGCGACGACUCGUUCUACUUCCUAGAGCUCAACCCCCGUCUCCAGGUCGAGCACCCCACCACGGAAAUGGUUUCUGGCUGCAACAUCCCCGCUGUCCAGCUCCAAAUCGCCAUGGGUAUCCCUCUCCACCGCAUCCGCGACAUCCGUACCCUCUACGGUCUCGACCCCCACGGGAUCACCGAGAUCGACUUUGACGGCUCGGACCCCAACUCGGUCAACACCCAGCGCAAGCCCAUGCCCAAGGGUCACGUUGUCGCUUGCCGUAUCACUGGUGAGAACCCUGACGCCGGGUUCAAGCCAUCGUCGGGUAACCUCACGGAGCUCAACUUCCGGUCCAACUCGAACGUCUGGGGAUACUUUUCCGUAUCCUCAGCGGGUGGUCUCCACGAGUAUGCCGACUCGCAAUUCGGGCACAUCUUUGCCUACGGGAUGGAGCGGUCAGAGGCGCGCAAGUCGAUGGUGGUGGCGCUCAAGGAGUUGAGCAUCCGGGGAGAGUUCCGCACGACCGUCGAGUACCUCAUCAAACUCUUGGAAAAGCCGGAAUUCGAAAACAACACCCUCACUACUCAAUGGCUCGAUUCCCUCAUUGCCGAGGGAAUGACGUCGGAACGGCCAGACACCACCGUCGCCGUCAUUUGCGGAGCCGUCGUCAAGGCCCACAUUGCCUACGAGGCGUCCUUUGCCAAGUACAAGUCGGUCUUGGACAAGGGGCAAGUCCCGCCCAAGGACACCCUCCAGACCUUCUUCAAGAGCGAGUUUAUCGUGGACGGGGUCCGAUACUCGUUCGCCAUGGCCAAGGCGUCGCUCUAUGCCUUUACCCUCUAUCUCAACGGCGGUCGCAUCUUUGUCAAUUGCCGGAGCUUGUCGGACGGCGGUCUGCUCGUCUCCAUGGAGGGCAACUCGCACACCCUCUACUGGCGGGAAGAGGUCGGCGCGAUGGUGCUCUCCAUCGACAGCAAGACCUGCAUGAUUGAGGACGAGCAAGAUCCCACCCAGCUCCGGUCCCCCUCCCCCGGUAAACUCGUUCGGUACCUCAUCGACUCGGGCGACCACGUCGACGCCGGCGAAGCCUACGCCGAGGUCGAGGUCAUGAAGAUGAUCAUGCAAGUCACCGCUGGGGAGAGCGGUAUUGCCCAAUUCAUGAAGCAACCAGGCCAAACUUUGUCGUCUGGGGAGCUCCUCGGUAUCCUCACCCUCGACGACCCCACCAAGGUCAAAUUCGCCAAGCCGUUCGAGGGUAUGCUUCCCACCUUUGAAAACAAGAACGGGCGGUACGGGACCAAGCCCCACCAGCGGCUCCGAGAGAACCUCGAGUUCCUCUACGACAACUUGGCGGGUUACGACAACAGCGCGUCCAUCCCGGUCGCUCUCCGCACGGUCGAGGCGGCUCUCCGCAACCCAGACCUCCCCUACUCGCACGUCCAAGAGGUCCUCUCCACCCUCUCUGGCCGUAUCCCCGCCAAGCUGGAAGACGAGGUCCGCGCCAUCGUCGAUGCUUGCCGCGCCAAGCAGAUGGAGUUCCCCAGCCAGCGUCUGCGCCGGACCAUCGACAUCUUCGUCGAGGAAAAUGUACCCGUCAAGGAGCGCCAGCAGGUCACGGCGGCCCUCACCCCCCUCGACGCUCUCAUCGCGGCGUUCGCGCACGGGCUCAAGGUGCACGAGUGGCAGACCUGGACGGGCCUCCUCACCUACUUUGCCGACGUCGAGGAGCCCUUCGCGGACAGCUCGCGGACCCAGGAAAACGUUAUCCUCAAACUCCGCGAGGACAACAAGGAUCUCGACCAGGUCGUCCGUCUCGUCCUUUCCCACAGCAAAAUCGCUUCCAAAACCAAACUCAUCCUCUCCCUUCUCGACAUUAUCAAAUCUGAAUCCCCCUCGGCCUCCAUGAACCCCGCGUCCGGCGUCAUCAACGUCCUUGCCCGGCUCUCGGCGAUCGACUCGCGGCCAAUGGCCAAGAUCUCCCUCAAGGCAAAAGAGGUGAUGAUUGUGGGGAGCUUGCCGAGCUACGAGGAGCGCUUAAAGCAGUUGGAAAAGAUCCUGCAGGCGGCGGUGACCACGAGCUACUAUGGGGAGCAGGGUGUCGGCCACCGCAUGCCCGCCAGCGACGUCCUCAAGGAGGUCACAGACUCGCGCUACACCGUCUACGACGUCCUUACCACAUUCUUUGACCACGAAGACCCCUGGGUCGCCAUUGCGGCGAUUGAGGUGUACAUUCGUCGUGCGUACCGGGUCUACAACGUCAUGCACCUCGACUAUGAGCCCGGAUCGCAAGGCGGUGAUCCUCACGUCCUCACGUGGCGGUUCAAGUUCGGCGGACGCACCAUGGAGCCCAUUACCCCUCGGGUCGACUCUUCUCGGGACGUCUCUCGCAUCGCUAGUAUGAGCGAUCUCAACUACAUCGUCAACAGCAAGUCGGAACCGACUCGCUUCGGUCUCAUGACCAGCUACAACCACCUCGCGGACCUCGAGCAGGGGUUCGAGGGGAUGCUCGGCCGGUACCCCGCCUUCAACCACGACGACUUUAUCGAAAAGUACGGCAAGGAGGCGCGUCACCCUCACGUAAUGAAUGUCGCUCUGCGGCUGAUUGACGUGGAAGACAUGUCGGACUCGGACUUGACGGAAAAGUUCAACACGGUGGUCAACACGCAUGGCGCCAAGGUGGUGGGCAAGGGGAUCAGGCGGGUGACGUUCGUCAUCUGCCGCAAGGACCAGUACCCGUCGUAUGUGACUUUGCGCGAGUCGGCGGAUGGGAGCUGGAAGGAGGAAGAGGCGAUCCGAAACAUCGAACCUGCUUUGGCAUACCAGCUGGAGCUGGGACGUUUGUCCAACUUCAAAAUCACCCCCCAGGCCUCGUCCAACAGGCAGAUCCACGUCUACCACGCCGUUGGUCGCGAAAACACCUCGGACGUUCGCUUCUUUGUCCGCGCCCUGCUCCGGCCGGGCCGCUUCCUUGGCAACAUGAAGCAAACGGAAUACCUCAUCUCCGAGACGGACCGGCUCGUCGGCGAUAUCCUCGACACCCUCGAGGUCGUUAGCAGCCAGUACCGCCAGGCCGACUGCAACCACAUCUCAGUCAACUGCGUCUACAGCCUCAACGUCACAUUUGACGACGUCCAGGAGGCGCUGGCAGGGUUCAUUGAGCGCCACGGGAAGCGGCUCUGGCGGUUGCGGGUGACACAGGCGGAGAUCAGGGUGGUCAUUGAGGACGACGAGGGGAAUGUCGUGCCCAUCCGAGCAUUCAUCGAGAAUGUCUCUGGGUUCGUCGUCAAGUUUGAGGCGUACCAAGAGGUCAACAACGAGCGGGGCGUCUCGAUCCUAAAGUCCAUCGGAGAACAGGGCCAAUUCCACCUCCAACCCGUCAACUUCCCCUACUCUACCAAGGAAUCCCUCCAGCCCCGUCGAUACCAAGCCCACAUCGUCGGUACCACCUACGUCUACGACUUCCCUGACCUCUUCCGUCAGGCCAUCGAAAAGGCCUGGCGCCAGCUCAUGGUGUACCUCCCCCACAUCAAAAUCCCCACCGAUCUCCUCACGGCAUCCGAGCUGGUCCUAGACGAGCAUGGCGACCUCAUCGAGGUCAACCGGGCACCCGGCCUCAACACCUGCGGUAUGGUCGCUUGGGUCUUUACCAUGAAGACUCCCGAGUACAGCAAGGGCCGUCGCGUAGUCGUCAUCUCCAACGACAUCACCUACCAGAUCGGUUCGUUCGGCCCCAUCGAGGAUGAGUACUUUUACAAGGCCACCCAGUACGCCCGCCAGCACGGUCUCCCCCGUGUCUACCUCUCGGCCAACUCGGGCGCCCGCAUCGGUCUCGCAGACGAGGUCAUGGCGCUCUUUGACGUCGCCUGGAGAGAACCCGGCAAGCCUGAAAAGGGCUUUGACUAUCUCUACCUCACCCCCGAAAAGCUGGACAAGCUCAACGAGAUCGGAGAGGGAUCCGUCAUCACCAACGAGAUUGAAGUCAACGGGGAGCGUCGCCACCAACUCACCUCCAUCAUCGGUCUCAAGGACGGACUCGGUGUCGAGUGUCUCCGCGGUUCCGGUCUCAUCGCCGGAGAGACAAGUCGGGCGUAUGACGACAUCUUUACCAUCUCCAUGGUCACUGCUCGGUCGGUCGGUAUUGGAGCGUACCUCGUCCGGCUCGGCCAGCGUGUCGUGCAGGUAGAGGGUCAGCCUAUUAUUCUUACCGGUGCCCAAGCCAUCAACAAGGUGCUCGGGAAGGAGGUGUACACGUCCAACAUCCAACUCGGAGGGCCGCAAAUCAUGUACAAGAAUGGUAUCUCGCACUUGGUGGCGGCGAGUGAUCUGGACGGAGCGUUGCAGAUCGUCAACUAUCUCAUGUUCAUCCCUGACCGCCGAGGACGAGCAAUCCCUAUCCUUCCCACUGGCGACUCUUGGGACCGAGCGGUCGAAUGGAAACCUACCAAGGCGGCGUACGACCCGAGGAACUUUUUGGCGGGAUGUUACGAGGCAGGAGAGGACGGACAGCAGGCGUGGAAGUCGGGUAUCCUGGAUAACGGAUCUUUCUUCGAGACCAUGGGCGGAUGGGCCCAGACCAUUGUCACUGGCCGAGGACGGCUCAACGGUAUCCCCGUCGCCGUCAUCGCUGCCGAGACCCGCAGUAUCGAGCGGGUCGACCCAGCAGACCCAGCCAACGAAAACUCUACCGAGAGCCGCGUCUCGCUCGCCGGUACGGUCUGGUUCCCAGACUCUUCCCGCAAAACCGCCACAGCCAUCGAGGAUGCCAACCGGGAAGGUCUCCCCUUGGUCAUCUUUGCCAACUUCCGUGGUUUCUCGGGCGGAAUGUCAGAUAUGGCGCAGGCGAUCCUCAAGGAAGGAGCCAAGAUUGUCGACGGGCUCAGCAGCUACAAGCAGCCCGUCAUCGUCUACCUCGUACCCAACGGAGAGCUCCGCGGUGGAGCGUGGGUCGUUCUCGACCCAUCCAUCAACCCCGAGUACAUGUCCAUGUUUGUCGACAAUGACUCGCGGGGUGGUGUGCUGGAGCCGGAGGGUAUCGUCGAGGUCAAAUACCGCAAGCCCAAGGUGCAGGCCACCAUGGCUCGCCUGGAUCCCGAGUACGCCCAGCUCAAGGCGGCGGCCGAGGACACCAAGCUCAGCGCCGAGGACAAGCAGGCGGCACUCGCCAAGCUGGAAACGCGGGAAAAACACCUCGGUCCCUCGUACCAAUCCAUCGCGCUCGAAUUCGCCGACCUGCACGACCGGUCCGGACGUAUGAAGGCCAAGGCCGACUGCGUUCCCUGCGACUGGGAGAACUCUCGUCGGGCCAUCUACUGGUCGCUUCGCCGGAAGCUCUCUGAAGUGCGCAUCAUGAAGAAGCUCGCGGCGGCCAACCCGGCGCUCACGUACCCCGAGCGCAAGGCGAUGCUGGAGGAGUUUGUCCCCACCGAGCUGGUGGCGGAUAACGAGGUGGCGGCGUAUAUUGAAAAGUCGGGCGAUGCGAUCGAGUCGUAUGUCCAGCAGGUCAAGGAUGCGUGGGUGGCGGAUACGAUUUUGGGAUGGGCGGGGUCGAAUCAGGAGGGAGUGCUCGGCGGGUUCAAGCGGAUCUUGGACACGUUGAGUCCAGAAGAGAGGACCAACCUUAUCACUCAGUUGUCGGGUGGGGCGCAAUAG